AAUUUAGAGCUUUUCUCCGUUCUUGUAAUAUUCCUCCGAUUGUUUUGCCUCUCUAGUUGGUUUCCUUACAAAUAUAUGGUUUUAAUCUGUUUUUUCUGUGUUAUUUUAACAUUAUUUUAAUCAUGUUUUGUCAUUUCUUUUUAUAUUCUUAUGACCAUUAUAUCCAUCGUCUGUUGAUCCAAGGAGUUGGUUGUGCUGGGACAUCAUGGAACUCACCGGUUCAGCCGGCAGGGUAUUAGGAAUGGAGCCACCAUUUAAGCUUGGAGGAGUAGGUGAAACAAAGCCUGCAAACCCAGAAGUACAAGGUUACUGUGACACAGUAAAAUCAAAGUUUCUGGAACAAAGUGGGUUAAAUGUGACAGAGUUUAAGGCCGAUUCAUACAGAGACCAGGUUGUUGCUGGAAUGUACUACUACAUCAAGGUCUGGCUCGGAGGGGACAAGUACUGUCACAUAAAGGUAUAUAAUCCUCUACCUCAUACCGGAGGGAAGCCGGAGCUGCAGGGGUACAAGCUGGAUAAGUCUAAGGAAGAAUCCAUUGGAUUUUUUUAGAAAGAGAAUCAAGCGCUCAGUGUAUGUGGGGAAACCCUCCUAAGUCACCACUUUCUGGGAUUUAUCCGAAAUGUUGGCGCGACCUUCUACGUUUUCACCAUCUAAGUUUCCCGUCCCUGUUUUUGGCGUCUGUUUUUUUCCCUUUCUAAUCUUUUCACUUA